UUUGAGCUUUGACCUGUGCGUGCAUCACGCUACGCGGUAAAUAGCUAGUCUUAGCCGUAUACGCAAAUCUCGAAAUGAACUCCUCUCCGACCUCCGUUCCCUUGUAUAGCUUGCGUACAGAAACGCGCGGUUUUCAUAGUUAAAUUUCUAUGUUGGCGCCCAUUACAAAUCAUCCAGCAACUGUGUGAGGUGAGCUUGCUGGUGCUGUUUGGUUAGUGUAACUCUGAGUGGCUCUGGCUUCCAAACAUUCAACAUCAUGGCAGCUACCAAGAAACGGAAGAGGAUUCUUCUACCGGAGAGUUCCUCAGAAUCAGAACAAGAGGACUGGGAUUGGAAAACUUCCGGGAAAGGUGCACUCACUCACAGACUGAGGAGUGUUGCCAAUGUCAGGCUAGACGUGAAGAGAAUGAGGCAGGAGGAGGUAGAUAGUGACAAAGAGGGUGGGGCAGUGAACAAACUCAGCAGUGAUACAUCUCUGAGCGACGAGGAGGAAGACGGUGACGAAUCUGAAGACCACGAGAAUAUUUCUCCUGUUUAUGUGGUUGAAGCCUCUCCCAGAGAUGAUGAGGAGAAUGAAGAUGUUGACAGUGAUUUGGAUGGCGAUUUGAAGGAACUGUCUAGAUGCCAGGAGCAGAAAGAUACGUCGGCCCCUGGUAGUAAAGCAUCUUCAAGUGAUGAUGAAGACUGUGAUGUUGCUUCCUCACCUGGUGAUCAGAAACCAUCAGCAAGCAACAGUGAUGGUCAUAUCGAUGACAGUUACGAUGAUCUUGAUGACGAUGCUGAUAAUGAUUGUGCAAAUGUAGGCAAGGUCUCAGUGCGUGUUGGUGCACAAAAACUUCGGGGAAAUUUGUUAUCCUCCAGCAACGACGAAGAGGAUUCGGGAUCAGAAGAGCUAAAGAUGGUAUCACUACAUCCUCCUUGUACUGGCAGAGCACGUCCCAAAGCUGCAGCGAAAGAGAUUUCAAAUACCCUGAAGGAUGUGAAAAGAAAAGUGCCGGCAGCAGACUUUGAAAGUCCCAGGACGUUGGCAUUGAAAAGUCAGAUGCGGAAGUCCAAACCUGUCGUGGAGAUUGAAGUCAUGGAUAAGAGACUUCUCCAAGGGCUGUCACCACAUCUUGUCUCAUUGCCGAGGAGCAGGAUCAAGGUUGGAAAUCGUAGAGAUAAUGUAGAUACCGACAGAAAAGAGACGUCUGCUGUCAAGCGUAAACGUGGUCAGGUAGAGGUUAAAGAAGACAGUUCUGAGGAGGACAACAAGAGCAGUGAGUUUGAGGAGUCUUCUGAGGAGGAAUUUUCCAACGGGGAUGAAAGCUCAAUUAAUUCACGGAGGGCAUUUAUACAGAAUCAGGAAAACUGCACUCGAAGCCCAAGAAAGUCUUCCCAGAGGGUGUCCUCACAGGGGAUAGUAAAAGGUCUCGAGCAUUCCAGCAGUGAUGAAAAUGAAGAAUCUGGCACCCAGUCCUCAUCUGACUCCGACGAGCCUCUAGGGAAGGCCCAAGCAAAAUUCUCUUCCAGUCAAAGAAAUUCCAAGGUCCAUUUAUCUGAUUCUGACAGUGAGAGCGAAAAUGAGCUUGUUGCAAGAAGUAAUUCCUCCAGGGUCGGUGUGAAGCGAAGAUUGUCAAAAGGAAAACUGGGAGAGAACUCGGAUACUGAAGAUGAUUUUGAAACUGGAAGUGAGAUAAUCACACUUGCCAGUAAAAAGAAAGCAAAGAAAAAGUCUCAUUCUGUUGAGAGGAAAGAAAAUCUUUUUGGCAGCUCCAAAAGAGGAUAUGUCAGUGAUUCAGACAGUGACUUCACUGCAUGUUCCAACAAGCCCAGUCGCAUCUCAAAAACAAAUUCCCAUAGCUCCAAAGUGAAACUCACUGUAAUUUCCGGAGAGAAAUGCCCAAGGAAACAUUCGGCAUCCAAGGCAAGUCCCCGUUGCCAAUCCAAAGUUCGGGAGACAAAAUCUCUGAAGAAUUCUGCUCACAACGCAAAGUCAAGAUAUCGUGCAUCCGAAUCUGAAAGUGAUAGUGGUGAUGACCAAGGCCUUGCAUCGAAAUUUCAGAAAGAGAGUUUGAGACCCUGCAGCCCAUCUGCUAGUGAUGCGAGUGUUUCCUCUGACAGUGAUUCUGAUGAUGAGCCCCUAUCUUUGAAGAAAAAUUUCUUCAAGCAAGAUCCAUCCGCAAGACGGGGGAAAACCGAGAUGCUAGUGGAGAGCUCAUCAGAAGAAGAGUAUAAUGGUGCCGUAGAAACAGACUUGAAACCACAGGAUGGAAGUUGGAAGAAGCGGGGGGAUUUUUCCAAACAAAUUGAAGAUUCUAGUAGCAGUGAGGGAAGUGACCGAAAGGUAAAGAAAUCAGAUUCUUCAAAAGGAAAAAGGAGGAUAAGGUGGGGUAAGUCCAGAAAGCUGUCCACAAAGAAGCAUCUCCAAGAAGAAGAAACAAGAAAGGAAAGGACAGAUGAUCAAGAAAACAACAGCAGUUCAGAUUCCAGCUCUGUCAGCAGCAGUCUGACCAUCAGCAGUCUCUCAUCAGUUGAUGAAGAGGAGGACACGCAGAAAACAAAGUUGAACCAGAAGACAAAGAAUGAGAGAUCCUCAGGGGAGAGAGGAGAUGCCCAGAGUAGAAGAGGUACCUCAGGGAGCAAUGGAACUGUAAGAAAGAGUUCUGCCAACAGCAGACGGGACACAAAGACGGCUGCCCAGAAACAAAACAAGAGCCUGGAGCUCUUCAAGAAGUUUGUCCGACAGAGCGGCCUGCGGGUGGCGUAUGUCAAGUUGUUUGCCGAUGCCAAGGACGAAAGAGAGAAGAUCAAGAUCCUUCAGAAGGUUCUCCAGGAUGCUGGAAUGAAAGGCAAACCGACUCUCAGGAAAUGCAGUCAGCUGAAGGAGAGGAGAGAGAAACUGGCAGAGCUAGCAGCUCUUAAUGCCGAAAACAUCAUCCAGGGAAACUCCAAGUCGGGACGGUCCAGGAGAAGGAAUGUGUGCAGCCUCUACCUGGCGAAGUCUCCGGGUGGCCGACCACAGGGAAGCCCUAGCCCCAGACGUGCCAAGCCCGUCGACCACUUUGCCAACCUCCGCGGUAUCAUCAGCGACGAUUCAUCGGACAGUGACUAAAGCUCUGAGCGGCAGGACAUUGAAGGUAUGAUUCUCAUGUUUGCUACAGUGGCUGAUGAACUGAAGAUCUGGUUUGACGGAGAAAAAGAAGUUUACAAACUGCAAGUGCAUGUAAAGUACAUGAUGCUGCCUUUUCCAAUGUGGCUGAAUCACAGAAGUGACUUUGCUCUCAAGAGGUUACACUAGAGGAGAGAUGCAUGGUUUGGAAACUUUGGAUGCAGUACCGAGUGGUUUGAAUGUUGUAGGGACAGAAACCUGUUGGGAUUUUGAGGAAUGCCUUUAACUGAUUUGACCUCAGUUGCAUUAAGUUUUUCUGUUUUUUGUUAAAGGGGUGAGAUUAAAUGAGAUUCAGUGCAGACUUCUACUCAUGUAUUGUACUCGUACUUGCUGAAAUGUACUGCAAAUUAUUUAUCAGCUUGAGUUGAUGUCAUCAAAAUUUCAGAUCUCAUCUUCCUUUGAUGGAGGUUGCGGUCCUGAACAUUGCCAAAUUGUAGACCGAACUAAUUGUAAAGUCUACCGUGUUUUCUUCAAUUGUCCUUAUACUGAAGUUGUAUUUGCUCACUGGAGCACCAGACUUGUUUUUAAAUCUCAGCUCCGUCUCUGCCUUUGGCUUCAGGCUUCAGUUUUUUUAAAUUUAAACCACUACUUUGACAUUCUCCAGCUCAUCACAGCUUCCCCUUUUCAGGCAUGGAAGCAUCCAUUGGGUGCCAGUGUUGGGAGUAUUUCCAUGUGGUUCCAGUGUCAAACAUUUGAAACGAAGGUGGUGUCUGACUUUCUCGGCUGCGGAUUGGAAUAACACUGGAGCCCAGCGGUUACAGCUACGGCACAUUUCAAGCCUCAAGCCCACGAAAUUCUGACACAGCUUGAAUGUGGAGCUCAAGAUAAAGUUGAAGACGGGGAUGAUGUUUUCCAACGCACAUCCGUGCCUAAAGAUGGAAUUAACUUUGGUGCAUGAGCCUCAAAACAUCUUAAAUUACCACCCUCUUAAGAAAAUCAAGUCACUUUGAGGAAUCAAAGAUGUUUAGAAGUUCAUCCACUGUUGAAGACAUUUUUUAACGUCUCCGUAAAGUUAAUGUUUUAUUAACAAGAAGUCAUUACUUACCUGUCAAUUGAAAUUAAAUCAUUUUAAAAGUUA